AUGGAAAUGACUGACAUUAACUUUACUCUUCUGAAAGAUAUGUCCCUUAUCUUGAGAGCUAAUUCUAGAUACCCACAGAAGGAAAUUACGUUAAGGAAGGAUAUGUUGUCUACAAAUGUGUCUAUUUACAAGUCACAACAAUUGUUUCAAAGGGAUGCACAAACAAUUACACCAGAAGCACUUGAGAGUGUAAAGGCUGUCCUUGCAAGCAGUGAGAUUGAGCACAAAGCAAAAACCAAGAAGAAAGUAGUUCCUCGCAAAGCUGCUGGCCAAGCUUGGGAGGACCUAACACUAGCAGAUUGGCCAAAAAGUAUACAAAGCAGUUUAACACAUAGCAGUGUGAGUGAGAUUAAGGAAGAGAGUAGUAGUACAAACGAGAUCAUUGAGGUCAACAAUCAUGGAUUGCUAUACUAUGAGAAAUUGUCAAACAAGGCUCGAGCGAAGCCCAGAAGCCCAUCACGGUCCUCAUCUAAUGAGGAAGAUCUUGGUCAGCGCCUUGAAGCGAAGCUCCAAGCUGCUGAGCAGAAGAGUGAUGAUAUAUCUUUGGAUGGACUAGAGCAAGAACUGGAAGAAUGCAAAAAUGACGAUGUAGUUGCAAACAUACUAUCUGAAGGUACACAAUUAAGGGAGUAUACAAAGGGGGUUGAGAACAAUUUACGGAAAGUUGAAUUGGACUCGAUUCAGGAUUACAUAAAAGAAAGUGAUAAUUUAGUGUCGCUUCAUGAUCAAAUUCGUGAAUGUGAUAGAAUCUUGUCACAGAUGGAAACUCUCCUCAGUGGAUUUCAAGUUGAAAUUGGUUCCAUAAGUUCAGACAUAAAAGUCCUCCAAGAGAAGUCUAUGGAUAUGGGCCUGAAGCUUAAGAAUCGUAAGUCGGCAGAAUCAAAAUUGGCAAAGUUUGUCGAAGACAUUAUAGUCCCUCCAAGGAUGGUUGACAUAGUUGUUGACGGAGAGGUCAAUGAUGAAUACAUGAGAACUCUUGAGAUUCUGAGUAAGAAGCUGAAGUUUGUAGAAGUGGAUCCUAUGGUCAAAGCUUCAAAAGCUCUGAAAGACGUUCAACCUGAGCUUGAAAAAGUUAGGCAGAAAGCAGUUUCAAAGGUGUUUGACUUCAUUGUUCAGAAGUUUUAUGCAUUGAGAAAACCCAAAACAAAUAUCCAGAUCCUUCAACAGAGUGUUCUUUUAAAGUACAAUGAACUGGUCUGCUAUAAAUUUAGUAGAUAUGUCUGUUCCAUUGACGCCUUCUAAGAGACCACAUGAUCGAAACCUUACAGAGUCAAAUGGGAAAGGAAAGUGGCAAAAGACACACAAACAAUCUGUGAAAUUCGCUC